AUGGGCGGUAUCACGGACCUUAGAUUUGUUGUCCACGACCCAGUCAAGUUCCCCGAUACUCAAGAGGAAAUCUCUGGUCCAUCACCAUACUGGAACACACCCACGCGCGGCCCUUCAUAUAUCAAGCCUGAAAAUCGCCAAAAGCCUCUGAAAUCUAAAGGAAAACUUGACUCGCUUUACUCAAAGUAUUCAACUGAUAUGUCACCUCUUCUUGGCACAACAUAUAGCGUCGAAGCCCGUAUUACAGAUAUUCUCAAAGACGACGAUCUACUCCAUGACCUGGCGCUAUUGGUUUCGCAACGUGGAGUUGUUAUAUUUAAAAAGCAAGAAGAUCUCACAGUAGACCAACAAAAGGAUCUUGUUCAAAAAUUAGGAAUACUCUCCGGCAAACCAAAAAAUAACGGCCUUCAUAUCCACCCAACAACUCGAGCAGGUGGUGUCAUCACACAAAACGGUACUAUCGACCCUGAAGUUUCUUUUAUAUCUACACGUAUUUCAAAAAAGAUCAACAUUUUUGAUUCUCUUCCUACUGGCUUUUCUUGGCAUUCAGAUAUCACUUUUGAGCCUGUCGGGUCAGAUUAUUCUUCUUUUCGACUUGUCGAGCUUCCACCUUUGGGUGGUGAUACCUUUUUUGCCAAUGGAUAUGCUCUUUACGAAAAACUUUCUCCACCUCUUAGAGAAUUUUUUGAAGGCCUUACCGGAACUUAUUCUCAGCCUAAAUUUAACGAUUUUGGAAGAAACGAGUGCUUUAAGUUGUAUACUAAUGAGCGAGGGGCUCCUGAAAAUGUCGGCGAAGAAUUGAUUGCAGUUCAUCCAAUCGUCCGCACUAACCCAGUCACUGGUUGGAAGUCUCUUUUUGCAGUUGGUGGACACUUCACUAAAUUUAACGAACUUUCACCUCUGGAGUCAAAAACUAUGAAAGAAUACAUUUGGAACACUUUAGUUCAGGCUCAUGAAAUUCAAGUGAGACAUAGAUGGGAUAAACAUGAUGUUGCAAUCUGGGACAAUAGAUCGUCUUAUCAUGCCAUUAAUAGGGACAUAUAUCAUUACAAGAAUGUCAUAAGAAGUGGUAUUCGUACAGUUGGAAUUGCUGAGCGCCCAUAUUUAGACCCAAAUAGUAUAACUCAAACAGAAGGUCUGAGCCUAAUAGAAAAAGAAAUUGAAGAGGUGGCUAAGAAGCAAAACGAGGCAAAAGUGGAAGCUGAUAGAAAAAAAUCUGAAAAAGAAAAAGAAGAGUCAAGUAAUUCAGAAACUUCCAUAAACUCUACUUCUCAAAUAGAUGAGAAAAAACUAGAUGAUGGAUGCCAAAGAUGCAAACGUCAAAAGGUCACAAAUACAGGUUGUUAUCUGGAGGUGAGUAGCUUGAAAGAAAAAGAGAGAAGAGGCACUGUUUUAGAUGGGGAAUAA